AUACCCAUUUCUAUACAUAGAUGAUCUUCAAAAGAUAAGCCAACACCUGUACUGUAAACUAUUGAUCUCCCAGUUAAAAAAACAGACACGGAAAAAAGAUGUUGAGCAGUACUCUUUAAAUUAGCUCCUCCUUCAACAUGUUUACCUUUUACAGCAGGGAGUUUGUGGAUCAGUCCUUGGCCCUGCUUAUGCCAGUGUGUUCUGAUCACUGUCUGUCUGCCCCAAAAGGGUCAGUCCCCAGCAUCAGGUUCAGUUCCACCCUCUACCACAUGGCAAUUAAAGCACUGGAGGUGUUUCUGUGCUCAGUUUAUUUUAUUUAAAAUUUUUUAGGUUGGCUUGCCUCCAUAUUCUUUACUAAAAGGAAUUGUUAUAUUAGUGACUUAAUAAUGAUUAACAAGAUUGUAAGAUAACAGGUAUAUAUACAGUAUUCCAUAGAGUUCCCACCACCAGAGCUCUAUGUUCCAUCAUCUCUAUUGGAAGCUUCCCUAUUAUUAAUCCCUCUGAGAAUAUGGACCAAAAUUCUUUAUGGGGUGCAGAAAGUGGAAGGUCUGGCUUCUCUAAAUAUUUUAAAGACUUAAAAAAAAUUAUUAUCUAUUUGUUGGAUUGAGACAGCCAGAAAUCAAAAGGAAAGGGAGUUAGGGUGAGAGACAGAGAGACACCUGCAGCCCUGCUUCACCACUGAGCAAAGGUUUCCCCCUGCGGGGCUUGAACCUGGGUCCUUGUGCAUUAUAACAUGCGGUCAACCAGGUGCACCACCACCUAGCCCCUGGUAAUUGUUUGUCCACUGGUCAUGGGCAUUGGCAGAUCAUUCCAUACCCCCAGCCUGUUUUUGUCUUUCCCUAGUGGGACAGGGCUCUGAGAGGUGAAGUUCCAGGACACAUUGGUGAGGUCAUCUGCCCAAGGAAGUCAGGAUGGAAUCAGCAACUUUGCGACUUGGUGUGUGAAAGGCAGUAAGAUACAAAGCAGGACAAAUUGUUUAAUACACAGGAACCCAAAGGUAAUAGAUGAGGUGAAACUAGGGGUCUUCAGGUAGAAAGAAGCUAGGAAGUCUGUUAGGUAUACUUCAAAGGGUCCAUGACUUCAGUAAUUGCUGCCUGAGCCUGAUAGCUAACGUGAAGGUAUACUAAAAGUAUCUGAGAAGAUGGUGGCAGAGUUUUAUUUUAUUUUUAUUCUAUAUCUGAAAGAGUGCCUGAAGUGUUAAGCCCCAGUAACAGCAACAAAAAUGUGAUACUUGGUUUUUCCUCUUUAUUUUACUAAUAAGCUUAUCCCUUGUUCUUGAAAUUGAAAGCCUUCCUUUUAACCCAUUUUUUUGGGGGGGUGGGGUGGGGAGGGGCAUCUAUGAAAAAGGUCCUUUGAGAGCUUUAAGCAGAAAGGAUUAGUUGUAAAAAUUCUUGAUGGCUCUUAAAACAUUUCAUACAGUAGUUACUGAAGGCUUAUAAAGACGCUCUCAACUGCUUCCCUUCGAAAAUGCUGGAGAAUAAUUUAGGGAAUGGUUCAGACUCUGAAAACGAAGAUGGCUCUGUGUUUUCACAGACUGAACACAAUAUUGUUGCAGCUUACUUGAUUGUGGCAGGUAUAAUCAGUGCUCUCAGCAACAUCGUCGUGCUGGGCAUCUUUGUCAAGUACAAGGAACUCCGGACGCCCACCAACGCAGUUAUUAUUAACCUGGCUGUCACGGACGUCGGGGUCAGCAGCAUUGGGUACCCUAUGUCUGCUGCCUCUGACCUGCACGGAAGCUGGAAGUUUGGAUAUGCUGGAUGUCAGAUUUAUGCCGGACUGAAUAUCUUCUUUGGGAUGGCUAGCAUCGGGUUACUGACGGUGGUUGCUGUGGAUCGUUACCUGACCAUCUGCCGCCCCCACACAGGAAGAAGCAUGAGUGCCAACUCCUACAUUGCCAUGAUCCUGGGGGCCUGGCUCAAUGGCCUCUUCUGGGCUCUGAUGCCCAUCUCAGGCUGGGCUGGUUAUGCCCCGGACCCUACUGGAGCUACUUGUACCAUAAACUGGAGGGAAAAUGAUGGGUCUUUUGUUUCUUACACGAUGACUGUGAUCGCGAUCAAUUUCAUGGUGCCCUUGGCAGUGAUGCUCUACUGCUACUAUCACGUCACGCGAUCCAUGAAAUGUCACACUGCUCGCAGCUGUGCUGAGUACGUCCACGGAGACUGGUCAGAUCAGGUCGACGUGACAAAGAUGUCUGUGAUAAUGAUACUCAUGUUCCUGGUGGCGUGGUCCCCGUACUCCGUUGUGUGCUUAUGGGCUUCUUUCGGUGAUCCAAAGAAGAUCCCUCCCUCCAUGGCCAUCAUGGCGCCACUGUUUGCCAAGUCAUCAACAUUCUACAAUCCCUGCAUCUAUGUACUUGCUAACAAAAAGUUUCGGAGGGCAAUGUUUGCUAUGUUCAAAUGUCAGACUCACCAAGCAAUGCCUGUGACGAAUACUUUACCAAUGGACAUACCUCAAAAGUGACUGGAUUCUAGAAGAAACUGAAAUAAGAGAAAAGACACUUGAUCAGUUUGUUUGUUUGUUUUGCAGUGAUCUAAAUAUGACCCCAUUAAGGUCAAAAACGAAAUUACUGUCCUCCUAGUUUGUAACUUCAAUACAGUAAUACACCCUCUAUUUGGUUGACCAUAAUCCCUGAGAAGACAUUAAAAAUUAAUUCUUGAGCCCGGGGGUAGAUAGCAUAAUGGUUAUGCUAAGAGACUCUCAUGCCUGAGGUUCCAAAGUCCCAGGUUCAAUCCCCCUACAUCACCAUGAGCCAGAAUUGAGCAGUGCUCUGGUAAAAAUAAAUAAUGAUAAUAAUUCUUGAGUAGUGUGUUUAUAGAACCCCUAUUGGCCAUGCACAGUGGUCUGUAAGCUGCACAUGAUGAUAUGCCAGUGCGUAAAGAACGGGCAAUUAAUCGCCUUCAUAUUUAGUUUCAUGGCUGUAUACUGGACAUAUUUUAGUACAAGUACCUUUUCUCUUUGAGUGUUCCUUCCAACUUGAAUUAUUGUCUUCAUCUAACAUUGUGUAAUAGGUGACAUAAAUAUAAAAGAUGGUAUUGCAAUAC